GCUGGCCCUGUAUAAAACCCUGCGCAGGGCAGAAAACCUAUCAGACUUACUCACUGAUACAUGUCAUCAAAGGAGAGGAGCGGAGGUUGUUUUCUGUGUUUAGGAUGAAAACAUCCUGAAAACAAAGAAAUAAACUGGAACAAAUGAAGAAGAUCAUCUUUUCUACAACCUAGUUGGAAUUAACUCCCAUAUUUCCGCGCUGGAUUUCUCUAAGGGGGACUAUUCCGCUGGAUCUUACUUGAAUCUGUGAAAGUCCGAUUCGUUUUGAGAAACGAAACGGGGGGGAAAAUCCGACACUUUUGAGGGAGUGAGCAGAUGGACAGGUGACUGACGCGCUCCAGGAAAAGUGUCUCCUAAUUUUCAGCCUUGUGCGUAAAAGCGUCGCCUUGACCGUGAGCGCAGCUUUGAAAACUUUCUCCAUGAGUGUUUGAGUGGUGAGACUCGGACCCGCGGAGCUUUCACUGCUUGUUGAGGAGGCUGUCAUCACAAUGGGACGCCUGCGUCUGCUCCUCAUGGUCAGUCUGUCCUCACUCACCUGCCAGGUUUUGUGCUCAGGCGUGUUCGAGCUCAAACUGCAGGAGUUUCUCAACAAGAAGGGAAUAGCUGGGAACACCAACUGUUGCCCGGGAGGCGCCGCGCACCCGCAGGGCCACCAGCAGUGCGAGUGCAAGACUUUCUUUCGGGUCUGCCUGAAGCACUACCAGGCCAGCGUCUCUCCGGAGCCUCCCUGCACCUACGGCGGCGCGGUGACUCCCGUGCUCGGCUCCAACUCCUUCCAGGUGCCGGAGACCAACGCGGACAGCUUCACCAACCCGAUCCGCUUUUCCUUCGGCUUCACGUGGCCGGGGACGUUUUCACUGAUCAUUGAAGCUCUGCACACGGAUUCCCUGGACGACCUGACAACAGACAACCCAGAGCGGCUGAUCAGCAGGUUCACCACGCAGCGACACCUGACCGUAGGAGAGGAAUGGUCCAAGGACAUGCAGACGGCCAGCAGGACGGAGCUGCGCUUCUCCUACCGCUUCCUGUGCGAUGAGCACUACUACGGCGACGGCUGCUCCGUCUUCUGCCGGCCCCGGGAUGAUGCCUUUGGACACUUUACCUGCGGAGAGCGAGGGGAAAUCAUAUGCAACUCUGGCUGGAAGGGCCAGUACUGCACUGAACCUAUUUGUCUUCCCGGAUGUGAUGAAGAACAUGGAUUCUGUGACAAACCAGGAGAAUGCAAGUGUCGCGUGGGAUUCAGUGGGCGUUACUGUGAUGACUGCAUCCGUUACCCAGGUUGCCUCCACGGCACCUGCCAACAACCCUGGCAGUGCAACUGUCAGGAGGGGUGGGGUGGGCUCUUCUGCAACCAGGACCUGAAUUACUGUACACACCAUAAGCCUUGUCUUAACGGAGCCACCUGCACCAACACGGGUCAGGGCAGCUACACAUGCUCUUGCCCUCCUGGACACACCGGUGCUAACUGUGAGAUCCAAGUCAAUGAAUGCUCAGGAAAUCCCUGUCGAAAUGGAGGCAGCUGCAUUGACAAUGACAAUGGCUAUAAGUGCACAUGUCCACCUGGUUUUUAUGGAAACAACUGUGAGCUAAGCGCCAAUACGUGUGCAGACGGGCCGUGUUUCAACGGUGGACGUUGUGUGGACAACCCUGAAGGUGGCUACUUCUGUCAGUGCCUAAUGGGGUAUGCUGGGUUCACUUGUGAGAAGAAAAUUGACCAUUGCUCCUCCAAUCCCUGUCUAAGUGGGGCAGAAUGUGUGGACCUGGUUAACUCUUACCUGUGUGAGUGUCCAGAGGGCUUUUCAGGGCCCAACUGUGAGGUUAGCAGCGGCAUUUCUGCAUUGUGCCAGUCCUUUCCUUGUCAGAAUGGUGGAACUUGCCAGGACACAGUGGAUGGCUACACAUGUAAUUGCCCACCAGGAUAUACGGGCAAAAACUGCAGCUCUCCGAUCUCUCGCUGCAUUCACAACCCGUGUCAUAAUGGAGCCACUUGCCAUGAACGUGGUGGUCGCUAUGUGUGUGCCUGCGUGCCGGGUUAUGGUGGGAAUAACUGCCAGUUCCUCCUACCAGAGGUUCCCAAGGGUUCCCAGCCGGUUGUUGAUGGACCAGAUCGGCGAUAUUCAUCUUCAGAAAGUGGGAAUACUGACACUGAGGAGGAUGACGACAGCGGAUUCCCAUGGACAGCUGUCUGUGCCGGCGUUUUCCUCGUUCUUGUGAUCCUGAUCAGUUGCUCUGUGUUGGUGGUCUAUGUUCGCGUCAAACUACAAACCCGACACAGUCACCAUAGCGACAGUGUUCACAGUGAUAGCCAGGAGACCAUGAAUAACCUCACAACCAAUAACUGUCUUCGAAGUGACAAAGAGCUUGGUGGUAUGAUGACGACAUCAAUUAAAAACACCAAUAAGAAAGCAGAUUAUCAUUCGGACCUUGCUGGGUCAAUUGGGGGUCUGAGUGGAAUCAGCAGCCUCAAUGGAUCUGAGAAAAAUGGCUUUAAGCCUCGUUACCCAAGUGUGGAGUACAACCUGGUUCAUGAACUCCGGCAAGAAGAUCUGUCACCAUGUACAGAAGAGGAAUGCAAACAGACAGAGCCCAAAUGUGAGCCACUGGAUGAGCCUAGCAGAGGGGAAGGAUUCAGGAAAAGACAGAACAGUGAUGGUUCGGAAAAGAAAGCAUCGGCAGAGUCACCAGGAUGCAGUGAAGCAAAAGAUCAGGCAUCCUCUGAUUUAAACUGUCAUACAGCGAGGGAUCCUCAGUACCAGUCAACCUGCGACCUCAAAUUCCAGCCAACCAGUGAGGCUGUGUACCCUACUCCCAGUGACAGCCGGUACCCCUGUUCCAGCGAUACCAAAUACCAGUCUGUUUACGUCAUAUCAGACCAGAAAGAUGAAUGUAUCAUUGCUACAGAGGUAUAAUUACGGUACAAGGUUUCCUGUUAGUCCACACACACCAACCCUGAGCAGUAGAGCUCAGCUUGUUUCUGGGAGGUUUUACUCCUGCUGUUUGCUGCUGUUCCCUGGGAUUUCCUAGAGGACUUUGAGCCAAGGUGAUGAUGUGCCAGUGCAGACGCAUCACCUGCUUGGCCUUGACUGAGGACUACAGUGAUACUACGGGUCAAUUUACAAUAUCCUUGGCCUUCGAUGGACGCAGGUCUUUUGGUGACUCUAUGCUAUGGAUGAAGCGCCAGAACAAGGUGCCAGCACUUGUACAGACAUUGUACAGACACAAGGCUGUCUCAGACAGUCAAAAACUGCUGGAGAACUGAUGAAGAACUUGCUUGACGUCUCCUUGCAGCACUGGAAGAUUUACAGCUCAUCAGUGGAUGAACUGUUCUCUCCUGAUAAGCAGCGGAGCAUUGACUUGGAUAUUGACCGAUGAUAUUGUACGGUGAUGUACCGACUGAAUGAACAAUGUAGUACCUUUAGUGUACUGAAAGCCUUUAAAGUACUGCUGUAGUACUGUUACGUGCUGUGGUUUUACAUUGCUGUGUAAAAUCUGUCCUGGAUUUCCGGUAGUUUAUGUUCUGCACAGUGCUGCAGAGUAGAGUGUGGAGCUGUUGCAACAGUAGGAGUCCCUGUAAUUUUAGGCUGACCAUUUUUAGAAAUUUAUUCAAGGCAUCACAAGCAGAACUUUCCAUAUCCGAUUAUCUAACUUGUAGGACAGCCGAACACCUUCAACUCUACAGCACUGGCAGAUGUAGCUGAGCUGGUUCUCAGCAGGAAACAGAGAACUGAAAACUCCAGUAGUGACUGCCGAUCGAUCCACCAUGGAUACUGUUGGGCCAUACUGGCCUCUGAGCCCUGAAACGUCUGAUAGAAAGGGCAAUACUUGGGGUAAGGGAUAUAAAUCAGACCAAUACAUGCAUCAUAUUUAAUUAUCAAAUCAUCUGUUCAACUUAAACCUGACUGUUUGGCUUCUUUUUUUCCUGACUUCGUAAUGAUGUUUUUCCAAGAGAACAAGGCCGCGCUAUAAAGUCUUAACUGCCAAGACCUCAUUGCACUAUAGAGGUGUGUGUGCAAGUGUGUGUGUACAGAAGAAGUAAAUGGCCGCUUUUGGUGUCGAUGUAUGCACUGUCCUCUCCCGCCCUAGUCUUCCACUAUCAGCCAAUUCAAGGACACCAUGACUCCUCCUGCCGCUGGUUAGAAUUUUUUGUUUUGUUUUUUAAAAUUUAUUUGUUAUCUAAAGAAAGAUGUAUGCAUUUAAUUUAAUUAUGUAAUUAUUUUUGCUUCUUUUUGUUGUGUUGUUUUUGUUAAUCUUGUUAUAAUUUAAGUUGUGCUGUUUUUAUUUGGCAGAUGAUGUAUGUAUGUAAGUAUGUAUGUAUGCAUGUCUUAGGCACUUGAGACCACUGUGACUGUGUUGUAUUUAAGAGAAAAGUCGUAUGUACAGAGCCUGUCAUUUUUAUAACUGGAAAAUGCGAUAUUUUUCCAAAAUAAAAGAGAAAUGAAAUCUA